AUGACUGGUCUCGCUGUCUUAGCUGUUGGAUGCCUCCUGUUCUGGCCCAGUGGUGUCAAGAAAUCCUUUGGUGGAUUUUGUGGCAGCAUGUUUGUCGUGGGUGCAGGGCUGAGCACUCUGGAGACCGCCGCCGAUCCUUUCCUGGCUAUCUGUGGUCCGCCCCGAUACAGCGAGGUUCGUCUGAAUUUAGCUCAGGCGGUGCAGGGUGUGGGCAGCUUCGUUGCGCCUCUUCUGGCCAGUCGGGUGUUCUUUGCCCAUACUGUCAACAAUGACCAAGGGCUGAAGAACGUGCAAUGGACGUAUCUGGGAGUUGCGUGCUUUGUGGGACUGCUCAUCAUUCUUUUCUUCCUCGCCCCUUUCCCGGAGAUCACAGAUGCCGACAUGCAUCACCAGGAGCAUGCGAUUGCAGAGUAUAAUCCCGGACCUCUUCGCAAACAAUGGACGUUGUUUCUUGGCGUGUGGUGCCAAUUCUGCUACGUUGGUGCUCAAGUGGCGGUUGCUGGCUACUUUAUCAAUUUUAUCAAGGAAACUGGUCGAUCUGCAGCCACUGCAUCAGACCUUCUAGCCGCAGCUCAGGGGAUCUACGCGGCGAAUCGAUUCAUUGCUGGGUUCUUGAUGAUGAUCCCAGCCGUCAAGCCUCGUUACAUGCUUGCGCUCUACUUGUCCAUGUGCUGUGUUUUGGCACUCGUGGCAGCGCUGACCCGCGGAAGCACAUCGGUGGCAUUCCUAAUGCUGGUGUUCGUGUUCGAGUCAUGCUGCUUCGCGACCAUCUUCACCAUGUCACUACGUGGGUUGGGCAAACAUACCAAGCGAGGGGGUUCGUGGCUAGUGGCAGCCAUUUCCGGCGGGACUGUUUGGCCGAGUAUGACAGGGGCAGUGGUGACAGCUAGAAACGCUCACAUUGCCAUGUUGAUUCCCAUGACUGGGUUUAUCGUCGCCAUGGUCUUUCCCAUAUAUGUGAACGUCUACCAGAAAGGGAGAAUGGACACUCAUAGGGCAACUGAGGUUGGACUUUUCCAGCCGACGGAGAAAGAAUUGGAGCUAGAGAGGAACCAGAGCACCAGCGAACCUCAGCCAGUCGAGAUCCGCGAGGAUGGGAGCAACUUGAAAUGA